AUGCCUCAAACCCGAUCCCAGGCACAAGCUACCAUCAGUUUUCCGAAAAAGAAGCUGUCUAAGACACUGAGCAAAACCAAUUCCAGAGAAAGUAAAGUAAAACUUAAAAACGGCCAGGCUGACCCUUCUACUCCACGUGCAAACACUAAAACUCUGCCUCUCAGUCCCAGAAAACGUCUGGGUGAUGACAACCUGUGCAACACUCCUCAUUUAUCUUCCUGUUCCCCACCGAAGCUGGGCAAGAAAGAAAACGGCCCGCCUCACUCACACACUCGGAAGGGUUGCAGACUAGUAUUCGAUGAUGAGCUGACAGUUAAGUCUUCAAACCAAAAAGAACAAGACCAAGUUCACCAACACCAAAUACUUCCCUCGGCUCAAAAAGGUCAAGAGAGUGAAACAAAUUCUGAGCAGAAAUGUCCACCGGAGAAGGAAUCUGCGCGUGUGAGGCUGUUCAAACAAGAAGGAACUUGCUAUCAGCAAGCAAAGCUUGUCCUGAACACAGCUGUCCCAGAUCGCCUGCCUACCAGAGAAAAGGAGAUGGACGUCAUCAGGGCCUUCCUGAAGGAACACAUCUGUGGGGGAAAGGCUGGAAGUCUCUACCUCUCUGGUGCUCCUGGGACCGGAAAAACUGCCUGCUUGAGCCGGAUUCUGCAAGACCUCAGGAAGGAAGUGAAAGGCUUUAAAACGAUCCUGCUGAAUUGCAUGUCUUUGAGGAGUGCCCAGGCUGUGUUCCCAGCCAUUGCUCAGGAGCUUGGUCGGGAGGAAAUAUGCAGACCAGCUGGGAAGGACUUGAUGAGGAAACUGGAAAAGCAUAUGACUGCUGAGAAGGGCCCCAUGAUUGUGUUGGUGUUGGACGAGAUGGAUCAGUUGGACAGCAAAGGGCAGGAUGUUUUGUACACGCUGUUUGAAUGGCCGAGGCUAAGCAAUUCCCGAUUGGUGCUCAUUGGUAUCGCUAAUACCCUAGAUCUCACAGACAGAGUUCUGCCGAGACUUGAAGCUAGAGAAAACUGUAAGCCGCAGCUGUUGAACUUCCCCCCUUACACCAGGAAUCAGAUAGCUACGAUCCUGCAGGAUAGACUCAGUCAGGUGUCAAGAGACCAGGUUCUGGACAGUGCUGCCAUUCAGUUCUGUGCCCGCAAAGUAUCUGCUGUUUCCGGAGACAUCCGUAAAGCGCUGGAUGUUUGCAGGCGAGCUAUUGAAAUUGUGGAGUCAGACGUUAGAAGCCAGACAGUCCUCAAGCCACUGUCUGAAGGUCAAUCACCCUCUGAGGCGCCAGUUCCCAAGCGUGUUGGCCUUGCUCACAUAUCCCAAGUCAUUUCGGAAGUGGAUGGGAACAGGGUGACUCUGAGCCAAGAAACAACACAAGAUUCCCUCCCUCUCCAGCAGAAGAUCUUGGUUUGCUCUUUGCUGCUCUUGACUAGGCGGCUGAAAAUCAAAGAGGUCACUCUGGGGAAGUUGUACGAGGCCUACAGCAGCAUCUGUCGUAGACAGCAGGUGGCAGCUGUGGACCAGUCGGAGUGUUUGUCCCUGUCUGGACUCCUGGAGUCCAGAGGCAUUUUGGGAUUAAAGAAAAAUAAGGAAAGCCGCCUGACCAAGGUGUCUCUGAAGAUUGAAGAAAAGGAAAUAGAGCAUGUCCUGAAAGGCAAAGCCUUCAUUGGUAAUAUCCUUGCUGCUGGACUGCCCUGA